GUUGACUGCACCGAGUGUGUAUUUUCGUUUGUUGUGAUUAUUUAAAACGUUAAAUACUCGUUGUAUGUGCUCGUCUCGUCUAUUCGCGCGGCGUCCAGUGUGUAAAACCGAGUGCGUGUGCGAGUCGGUACGUUACUGUUACGCGUAUUCAUAUCGGUGUCCGCCGCAGUAAGUGUACAAGUAGCAGCCGUCGGUUUCGUGUGUCGUUCUGCGUGUCCGUAUGUGUUUCGUGUUCUUGUAAUCCGAUUGAUUUUUGUUCCUCCUUUUUUCCUUUUGUUGUGUUAAUAAUUGUUUUUUAGUUACAACAUUACUCGCCUCUAACGAUCGAAUAGUAUUACAAGUUAAUAUUACUUUUUAUCCUACCCAAGGAUAUCUUUGAAUUUCCGAGUAAUUUGGUUUUAACUAAACACACGCUCAUAAUUGUGUCCCGUUGUCGUGUUUUGUUUUUUUGUUAUUAUUAUUAUUAUUAAUUUUUUUGAGUCUGUUUUUUCAUUUUCUCCGCUACAAGUUCAUUAUCGAUCGCUACCAUCGAUAACUACAAUUCCUCGAGGAGCGUUAAGAUUCGCUCGAUCAUUGCGAAAACUCGACAUCGCCUCCGCUCCAACUACACUGACAUGCCGUACGCCUCCCCUGAAAGAAAACUUUUUAUUGGCAUGCUGUCAAAAAAAAUAUCAGAACCAGAUAUUAGACUAAUGUUUGAACCCUUUGGGCCUAUUGAAGAAUGUUCUGUGUUACGAGAUCCAAAUGGUGUUAGCAAAGGCUGUGCGUUUGUUACAUAUACAACGAAACAAAAUGCCAUCGCUGCUAUUAAAGGUAUGCAUCAUUCACAAACUAUGGAAGGCUGCACAUGUCCUUUGGUGGUUAAGUUCGCGGACACUCAAAAAGAAAAAGAUCAAAAACGCAUGCAACAAAUGCAAGCAAAUCUUUGGGGUUUGGCAGCCACCGGCAACAAUGUUCCCACAGCUCAGUAUCUGGCCCUAGGCGUUUUAGCUAAUCAACAAAUAAACAGUGAUACAAAUUCAUUAUCUUCUCAAGUGCUUCAGCAAAUUCAACUGAAUGCUGCGGCUGCGGCUGUUGCUGCAAACAACAAUACAAAUCAGUUGAACAAUUUGCUUCUCUCAAAUAAUACAGGUGCACUCAAAUCCCAGUACCAUAUCCAAACGUCCAAUUAUCCCUUAAGUUUAGAUACCGUCUCACCGCGACGAAUAGAUUACAACACCGAUGCUUUCUAUGCAGGAUACCAGAAUCUGUCCGCGUCGCCGCCUAGUCUGGGAGACCUGAACCCUGGUAACCUGCAAAACCUGUCGACGUUGGCCAACCUUUCCGUGGGAAACCCAAUCGUUAAUUCUGUAAAUAUGCAAAAUCUCGUUACAUUAGCUGCGAUGGGCGCUAAUUCAGUUUCACCUACAGGAUCCAGUUCAUCUAGUCUAAGUAGUUCAGCUUUGUCAAGUUUGUCGCCUACGUCUGCCGCGGCAGCAGUUUUAAUGGGGAAAAAUUCCGGACUGUUAGCUGGUACUAAUGGUGCGAACAGUACGUACGGAUCGUCGCUGAAUGCACUUGGCCUAACUUUGGCAGAUCUCAACUCGAAUCAAUUUGCAAUGCCACAGUCGCCGCCAACCAGUUCACCACUUUAUUUCAUAAAUAACAACAAUAAUAAUAGUCCUACUAAAGUUUCCGGCAAGCAGAUUGAGGGUCCAGACGGUGCAAAUCUGUUUAUAUAUCAUCUCCCUCAGGAUUUUGCUGAUUCCGAUCUUGUGACAAUGUUUUUGCCAUUUGGCAAUGUAAUAUCAGCAAAGGUUUACAUAGAUAAAGAAACAAAACUGUCCAAAUGUUUCGGUAAGUCGUCUCACGCACACGCAUACCCAAAUAAACCCAUAACGAUGAGACUAUUUAUUUAUUUUAUAUUAUAGUGUCCAUGUUCCCUU